CACGCGGACCCCACAAGUAGCGAAAAUUUGACGUCGAGCCAACGCAUCCUCCGCUUGAGCAAAACCUCGAGACUGCAAAAGUUCUUUACACAGUUUUUGUUGAAUCAUCGUGUGCCUCUUACUCAUUCCAACCAAAAAUGUCUUGCAUCCGUGGCAUGAACGACUUUAAAAAGAAAAUGGAAGCUGCCGAGGGUAAGGUGGUGGUCUUGGACUUUUACGCCAACUGGUGCCAGCCCUGCAAAGACAUGGAAAAGGCCGUCAAGGCCAUGGCCCUCAAGUACUCCUCAAAAGCGGUGGUACUCAAGAUCAAUGUGGACAAGUUCGAUGAUUUGACGGAGCAAUACAAGAUCACCCACAUGCCCACAUAUAUCUUCCAGCGGGGCACGAAGCGCCUUGACCGCUACACGGGCAACGAUGAGAAAAAACUGAUGAAAAUAAUGGCAAAGCUGAUCAAGUAAAGCCAACCAAAGCCUCAGGCGGGAGACUGCAGGCGCCAUCGCAAAUUUUAACCUAACUUAUUUUUUUUAUUGAAUGUGCGUUAUAUGUCUUUGUAAACCUCAAAAGAGGGAAAAUGUCUUUGUGUAUGUUUAGAAUAUAAGAAAAUAUGUAUUUUUUUGUCUGGAAACUGUGAAAAUUGUCAAACAUAACCUCAAUUAAAUAUUAAGCGAAAAUUAUAUUCGGCAUCUGCGAUGUCGCUCCCCUUCCCCACACGCUUUAGCAUAACCUCAAUCUUACAUAAGAAGAAGAAAACGAAAAGGAAAAGGGAAAAAAAAAACAAAAAACAAUUGUGUAUGUAUGUAGUCGUGCAUCUGUGAUGCGAAAAGAAAAAUGUUGCCAUAAAAUUAGAUUUGAUGGAUAUUUAACGUGUAGUGUAAGCUUGGAAUGCCGCCGUAAAGAAGAAAAACUACUCGAAAUGCCUUUUAUAUGAUAAUUUUGAUUUAAACUUUAGAAAUAAAGAUUCCAACUUUGACUAAAAA